AUGGAACUUCCGAUCUUAUUACAUAAACCAACGAUCGCUGUAGGUACUAUUGCUCCACGACUAGACACGUGGAGUCCUGCAGAUGACUGGACCGGAAUCACAAGCACUGCAGAGAGGAAGAAACGGCAAAAUAGAAUCCAUCAGAGAGCGUACCCGCCCUAUAUUAUAGAUGAACGGAAGGGGCUGUAUGAUAAGGUUGAUAAUGGCCCUCUACUUCUCACGUCUCGCCGUCAGGUAGCACAAGCCUAUGAUGCGAUUCGGGAUGCAUACCAGGCCUACAGCCUGAGCGCAGCACGUCCUUCGUUUCUGCACGUCCUCAUCCGACUCAACGUCCUUAAUUCUUUAGCUCGCAACGCCAUCUCAAUGGGAUUCCCCCCGGAGGGGCUUUGUAAGGAUGAAUAUUUGUCGCCAUAUUGCGGGGAAGGCCCUCUGCAAUCCCCGUUUGUCCCACAAUGCUUGCUACCUACUUCCAUGCAGCGGAGAAUUAUUCACCACCCAUGGAUCGAUUUGUUCCCAUUCCCGGCCUUCCGAGACAAUAUGCUCCACGCUUUGGCUGCUGGAGUCUUCGACGAAGAUGAGCUGUGCCGUGACGUGCUUGUGGCAACUGACCCGGACGCUCUCGCUGACAAGCCGGCACUUAUUAGCUGGGGUGAAUCCUGGGAUGUUCAUGGGUGGGAGGCAAGCCCAUCAUUCUUGCGGAAGUGGGGUUGGCUUCUUCGAGGAUGCCCGGAGAUUAUUGAGGGAACGAAUUAUUGGCGCCGAAAGAGAGGCGAGACAAGUAUUAGGUUUUUUACGUCCUAA